AUGUUCAAGCCCCUCUCGAGCGCGUAUACCGAAGAACUCAAUAGUCUGUCCCACCGCAGUCAAGGCUUGGUGGAGGUGCACAAAAGUGACUUUUUAUGGUUAUUUUGGGCGGCGUGGACACGGGCGUUCACGUCUAACAAGAUACUGAGCUGUUUUCGAGCUACUGGCGUCCACCCGCAGGAUGGUAAUGCCGUGCUUAAACAUCUUAAAAAGUCAACACCACAACAAGAUAUUAAUCCAGAACUUGGAGAGCAUGGUGAUGGGGAUACUGCAAGAGAGCUGUCUAAUUUUCUAGACAAAACUAUAACGGGUUGUGCUGAAGUUAUGGUCUCUGCGGUGAAAGACACCAUUGCUUCACUCCAGGUCAACAACGAGAUUUUGCACCACGAAAACACCAAUCUACGAGAAGUACUUGCUAUCAAAAAUCAUCCAAAGAAGCAAAAGAAGCCUCUAGAGCUCCAGCAAAGCAAGCAGUAUCAUACUCCGGCGGUGGUGUGGAGUCCUAGGACAAUAGAAGAUGCGAGAGCUCAAGAACGUCAAAAAAAACACCAAGAAGAGCUUGAAAAACUCCAAAAAAAAGAGAAACAACAGGAACGAGCUGCUAACGAGGCAAGGACUGCGCGAGAGUUGAAGAAAAUAGCGAGGGAUAAAGAGAGAGAAGUGAGGGCCAAAGAACUCCAGUUAAGACGCGCCCAAAAAGCUCGCGAUCGCGCAGUCGCAACUUCAAAAAAAGCUCGCGAUAAGCAAAAUAUACCUAAACGAAAAGCUUCAUCGUCUCAAAAGUCAAAAAAGUCAAAGGGUGGUGGUGAUGCAGGCAGCCAAAGUGGUGGUGCGUCUGCAUCGUCGGCUGCGCAGCCC